UAAUUAUUAGUAUCUGUUGCAUACCUUGUGAAAACCUUGAAUCAACUGCUUUGUUUCCCACAUGCAAGAUGCACCACAGACAGAAGCCAAGAGACUUCAACAUUGGUGUCACCUCCUUGCACCACGUUUGGAAAACCCUCCCUUUUAAUUUUCUUUAAUCCUCCUUAAACUGACAUUUUCUAACACCUAAGAGGAGGUUGCAACCAGAAGGUCUAGGAUGCUGUGUUGGCACAGGUCCUUUCACUUUAAUUCAUAUCCACUGAUACAGGCAAGUUCCCUUACACCAAUUAAGAAAACUUAAGGUCUUAAGUGAAAAGUGUUAGUAUUAGUUUACUCUUCAGAUAUCAUACAGGAGUUGAAUUCCAGCACCAGACAAACCAGACCUAGAUCAACAAAAGCUUCAUCAUCUUGACCAGUCACAGAAUCACAGAAUAUUCUGAGUUAGAAGGGAUCCCCAAGGAUCAUCGAGUCCAACUCCUUACCCUGCACAGAACCAUUCCCAAGAGUCACACCAAGAGCCUGAGAGCGUUGUCCAAACACUCUUUGAGCUCUCUGAGGACUGGUGCUGUGACCACUUCCCUAGGGAGCCUGUUCCAGUGCCCAAACCCCUUCUGGGUGAAGAACCUCAUUCUAAUAUCUAAACUAAACCUCUCCUGACACAGCUUCCAUUCCCUUGGGUCCUCUCACUGGUCACCAAACAGAAGAACCAGUCACCAGGAAGCUGUUCCCCUGUCUCCUCCACACUGAACAAACCAAGAGCCCUCAGCAGCUCCUCAUAUGGCUUCCCCUCAAGGCCCUUCACCAUCUUUGUUACCCUCCUUGGGAUAGUUUCUAAUAAGUGAAUGCUGAAAGGACUUUGCUAUUUAGCCCUAUCUCUUGGAUCAUGUGCAGAAAAUGUCUUCCAAAGAUCAUAUCCACAGCCUAUGGAAGCAAAGCCAGGAAGCUCCAACUGCUAGCAUAGCCUGCAUACCUCGCCUCACAACAAGCACUUGUCUUUCUCAAGAAGCAUUAAGCAUAGGUGCUCUCUUAUUCCCAUUUCAAAUACAGAGGAAGGCAAAAAAACCCAAACCAAAACCACAGUUGUUUAAACCAACACAAAAAAAAAUCUCUCACAAAAAAGGCUUGGCCUACUUGGCAGUUGAGCAAGUGCACUAACCUUUGCACAGUGUCAAAAGGGAAGGUGCACUGUGGUGAGAUAACCAGCCCCCCCAGACAUCCCAAAGGGGCUGGGAGCCCUGACCCCAAAGGAGUGCCUACUUCACAGACCCUUCCCUGGAGCUGCAAGGGAAACCUGUGCCUCAAUGGCUGGACAUGUUAAGGACAGGACUCUACACAAAGCAUCUGGUAAAAAACACUGGAAUAUGUUUGCUUGCUCAAAGUACAAUCUAAGAGGCUCCUUUUCUCAGUGAAGCAAGACUUAUUCAGUGCCCCUGCACACCUGGAGUAAAUGAGAGCCCUAUGAAAAACCCAGGGCUGAGCUUUCACAGAGCUGGGGUUGGUUUUCUCAAUGCACUGCUCUCUUUUAACACUGUUGUGCAAGACUUGUAUGCUUAACAUUUCUAACCAGCCAAAAUUGCUCUUUAUAUUUGAUCAGGAAAAUUUUUUUUUUUUACCUUUGAACCUGCCUUGCAACAGGUUCAAAGGUUACCUGGGUGCAGUGUUGCCUGUUUAUUAAAGCCACACUCUGAUGAUUCGGGGCUUAGUCCUACCACGGGAGCUGGGGAAGCACCACUGGAGCUGGGGAAGAACCAACCCUAGAACACCCCCUGGGAGUUGUAAAGCAGCAAAGGAAGCAAGCUAUACCAGCCCCUCCAACCUCCUCCAGCACUGAAGGAAGGUUCAACUCUGGCUCCACUGAUCCAGUACAAUGAUCUGGAUACUUCAAGUGUUAUUCUCACCGCUCCCAACACCAGCAUUGAUCAGUCUUAUUGCAUUUGGAGCUGUCAUCUUCCUGUGGGUGAUAAGCAGGCCAAAACCCCUUUUACCUCCUGUUGACUUGAACAAGCAGUCGAUAGGAAUUGAGGGAGGAGCCAGAAGAGCUGCACUCUUGACAGAUAACAACCUGCUUUCUUAUUACUUUGAAGAUGCUAAAACUCUGUAUGAAGUUUUCCAGAGAGGAGUGAGUAUUUCUGGAAAUGGUGACUGUCUAGGCUACAGGAAACCCAAGCAACCUUAUCAGUGGCUGACAUAUAAACAGGUUUCAGACAGAACUAAAUACCUGGGAUCAGGACUUCUGCAAAAAGGAUGCCAACCAUCAUCAAGCCAGUUUAUUGGCAUUUUUGCUCAGAAUAGGCCAGAGUGGGUCAUUUCAGAAUACGCCUGCUACACCUACUCAAUGGUUGCUGUUCCACUCUAUGACACUCUGGGACCAGAGGCCAUUGUAUAUAUUGUUAACAAAGCUGACAUAAGCGUGGUGAUCUGUGACACGCCUGCAAAGGCAGAGGUCUUGCUUAAGAACUGUGAGGACAAAAAGACCCCAUGUCUGAAGAUUAUUGUUCUCAUGGAUCUCUUUGAUGAAGAGCUCAAGGACAGAGGAACUAAAGUGGGAAUUGAAAUUCUGUCACUGCAGGAGGUUGAGGAGCUGGGAAGAAACAACAUCAAAGAACCAGUUCCCCCUAAGCCUGAAGACCUUUCUCUUGUGUGUUUUACAAGUGGAACCACAGGUAACCCUAAAGGAGCCAUGCUGACACAUCAGAAUGUUGUUUCAAAUGCUGCUGCCUUCCUUAGAUGCACAGAGAACAUAAUUGAGUGCACAAGUUCAGAUAUUGCCAUUUCCUAUCUUCCUCUGGCUCACAUGUUUGAGAGAGUUGUACAGACUGUGAUAUACAGCUGUGGAGCAAAAGUAGGCUUCUUCCAAGGAGAUAUCAAGCUGCUAACAGAUGACAUGAAAACCUUGAAGCCAACGUUAUUUCCAGUUGUACCAAGACUGCUCAACAGAGUCUAUGACAAGAUCCAGAGUAGUGCAAACACUCCAGUAAAGAAUUUCCUGUUAAAAUUUGCUGUGUUUAUGAAGAUGGCUGAAAUAAAACAGGGCAUCUUUCGAAAUGACAGCAUUUGGGACAAACUAGUCUUCAAACCAAUUCAGAAAAGCAUGGGUGGAAAAGUGCGUAUCAUGGUGACAGGUGCAGCUCCUAUAUCUCCCUCUGUUCUGACAUUUCUUAGAGCAGCAUUAGGCUGUCAGAUCUUUGAAGGUUAUGGCCAGACUGAAUGCUCAGCUGGAUCCACUUUCUCAAUGCCUGGAGACUGGACAACAGGCCAUGUUGGAGCCCCUCUGGCUUGUAAUAUCAUAAAACUGGAUGAUGUGGAAGAAAUGAGCUACUUCUCUUCAAACAAUGAAGGCGAGGUCUGCAUUAAAGGACCAAAUGUGUUCAAGGGUUAUCUGAAAGACCCUGAGAAGACAGCAGAAGCAAUUGAUAAAGAUGGCUGGCUCCACACUGGAGACAUAGGGAAGUGGUUGCCAAAUGGAACACUGAAGAUCAUUGAUAGGAAGAAGAAUAUAUUUAAACUUGCACAAGGAGAAUACAUUGCUCCAGAGAAGAUAGAAAAUGUCUAUAUCAGAAGUGCUCCUGUAGCCCAGAUCUUUGUACAUGGGGAAAGUCUGAGGUCUUUUCUAAUAGGUAUAGUGGUUCCUGAUGCUGAGCUGCUUCCAGAAUUUGCAGCAAAACUGGGAGUCAAAGGUUCCUUUGAAGAGCUCUGCAAAAACCCUGCAGUGAAGAAAGCUAUUUUAGAUGAUAUGAUCAGACUGGGGAGAGAGGCUGGCCUUAAAUCCUUCGAACAAGUUAAAGACCUGUACAUCCACACAGAGUUGUUUUCUGUAGAAAAUGGACUCUUGACACCAACACUGAAGGCAAAGCGAGGAGACCUUGUUAAAUUCUUCCAGAAGGAGAUUGAGGCCCUCUAUUCAUCUACUCAGGAAUAAAUAGCCAGUUUAACUUAAACUGCAUGGAGUAAUUAAAUCUGUGACACUACAUGGCCUAUGGUGAAGACAGGCUUGAGUGGAGGGGAACAGGAACUUAAAUUUGUUUCUAGAACCUGAGAAAAAUGACUUGUGGAUGAAGAUGGCUGUAGUAUAACUGACAACUAGCAGUGUUAACAUCCUGUGGGACUGAGCAUCAACUGUCUAGGCUAAGCCAGAACUUUCAUCUUUCUUGGACUGUGACUGAAAUGCAGUAACAUGCAAGAACCUCAGCCUUUAAAAGACAGCUCUAUGCACUUCUCACUGUCAAAAGCAAAUCUUGUUUUCCUGCUGAAACUACGAACUCCACUGUGACCUGUUGUGGACUGAUCUGCAAGCAGGCUGACACAGUAUGAAUUCAUGCUAACAUCUGUUUAGCAAACACAGAAGUGAAUUUCCUGUUCCUAGUCCUGGACCACAUCGUACAAGUUGUUUAUAAUGAAAAUGUUUAUAAUCAUUUGCAAAAUACAUUUGUCUACAGCAAAUGUUCAUUCUGUAGGAGGCACUGGAUUAGUUUUUGCACAUUUUCAAAUGAAAUGGAAGUGUUAAAGCCUAUACACUUACGAAUUUGAGCCUAAUAAGUGUAAAACUUUAGCUGUCAAUCCUAAGGUUGUAGGAUGCAAUAAAUUGAGACUGCACAAUCAAAAUAAAGCCUGUGUGAACUACUUGCUGCAA